AUGGCUUCAACCUCGAAUGAGAGUCCAAGGAACCAGGAGAAGGACGCCAGCACACGCGAGGCCGCGAUAGAUACCUCCGUCAUCGCAACAGACAACACAAGCAGUAACGACAGCCCUCCGACAUCAUCGUCUCAAGCAUCACCCACUGCAGAGAAGUCAACAACGACCCCUGCUGGACCUCCUGACGGCGGUUUGCAAGCAUGGCUCCACAUCCUUGGGUCUUUCUUCAUCUACUUUAACACAUGGGGUCUCAUCUCGAGCUUCGGCGCCUUCCAGGCCUACUACCAGUCCGAUCUCCUGAAGAAUAAUACUGCCUUUGAGAUCUCGACAAUUGGUUCUCUACAGAACUUUCUUAUGGUCUUUUUGGGUUUUAUCAUUGGCCCAAUCUACGACCUGGGCUAUUCACGAUACCUGCUCGUGGUAGGAUCUAUCCUGGUGCUGGUCGGGCUCAUUCUCCAAGCGUUCUGCCAGAACCUAUGGCAAUUCCUCCUCUGUCAAGGCCUCAUCAUCGGUCUUGGAACGGGAUGUCUGUCCACACUAGGCGUUGCGCUCCCAUCGCAAUGGUUCUCGACUAGGCUGGCGCUUGCCAAUGGCAUCGCGGCAAACGGUAGCGGUGUUGGCGGUCUUGUCCUCCCAGCAAUGUUCCGAGCAAUCCAGCCCAAGAUCGGCUUCCGACGGACAGUCCUUGUCUUCGCGCUCAUUGCGCUUGUGACGCUCGGCGUAGCCAACCUCGUCAUCAAGACAUCGAAGCUCAAGAUCCCCCUCAAGCGGCGCCCGCUCGUCGACAAGUCCGUCUUCCGCGACCUUCCGUUUCUCCUCUUCCUCGGCGCCUGCUGUCUGCUCUUCCUGGGCAUGUACACACCGUACGUCUACGUGCAGAGCUACGCCCUCGAAAACCACAUGGCUAGCGAGAACGUCGCGCUCUAUCUUCUCUCGAUGCUCAACGGCGCCUCCAUCGUUGGGCGCAUCAUCCCCAACUUCUUCGCGCCCUAUAUUGGCAUCAUGAACAUGAUUGCUAGCGCCGUAUUCGUUAUGUCAAUUGCCGCCUUCUGUUUCGCGGCGACGAACAGCCAGGCUUCGCUCAUUGCCGUCACUGUGGUGUACGGCUUCUUCAGCGGAACCUUCUUUGGCUUGCAGCCGACUACAUUCGUCAAGCUUACAGCUGACAAGAGUUACAUGGGCACCAGGUUUGGUAUGGCAUUUACUGUCAUGUCGGUGGCACUGCUGUUCGGAUCGCCCAUUGCUGGCGCGCUGUCCAGGUCACAUGGGUAUUUGAGCGGUUGGAUCUGGUCGGGAUGCUGCCUUGCGGCUAGUGGUGUCACGAUUUGCAUCGCGCGCGGGUUUGCUGGUGGCUGGAAGCUGAAUAAGGCGGUUUGA